AUGGAAGUAGCAAUUGAGAUCGGCAUAGAGAAAUUGGAAGUGGUGGGAGAUUCUAACUUGUUAGUGUCACAGGCCAACGGGGACUGGAAAGUCAAGGAGGAAAAACUGAAGCCAUACCAUCAGGACCUCGAAGAUCUCAUCCCCCAUUUCAAUAAGGUGACUUUCACUCAUGUGCCGAGACUCAAAAAUCGAUUCGCAGAUGCCUUGGCGACCUUAGCAUCUAUGGUCGAACUCCCUCUCGGUGUGAAGCUAAGGCCGAUUGUGAUCGAACAAAGAGAUACGCCGGUAUAUCAACAUGUCAUGACUAUUGACGAGCCCGAUGAUGGUCACCCCUGGUAUUACGACAUUUGGAGGUUCGUGGAAAAAGGAGAAUACCCCAUUGAAGCAAGUAAGAAAGACAAGAUUGCCCUCCGAAGGAUGGCGGCUCAAUACAUCAUCUGCGGAGGAAAUUUGUAUCGAAGGUCACAUUGUGGCAUGCACAAAUUAUGUGUCUAUGGUGCAGAAGUAAGAAGGGUGAUGGAAGAGAUUCAAGAAGGUGUGUGCGGCCCUCACAUGAACGGCAUGAUGCUUGCUAAGAAGAUCCUUAGACAGAAUGUGUGGAAUACGUGCGGUGUUGCCACAAGUGCCAGGUCCAUGCCAACCUCACGCAUGUCCCGCCCUCCGAACUGCAUCAAAUGA